AUGAUGUUGCUCAACAAAGCCGACGACGCGAAAACAAUGCCGAGGGCGACAAAGCCAGCGAAACGGAGACUGAAGCUCGGAUGUCUUUAUUUGUUCUGCUACUUGUUUGGCCAUCCGGGCCAUCUUCGCCUUCGCCACGGAAUACAGAUCACAAAUCACGCAACGACGCAGUCCUCGAUCGCACUACAUUCUGAGUGCCAACUAACGCACAAGUCAAAACAUAUCACGAAGAUGAUACUCCCUUUCCUCGACCUCCUCAUCCUCCUCUUACUCUCCUCCACAAGGCUGAGUACCGCCUACCCCUCCCCAGCGGGUCUAGCCUAUCUGCCCAAGGGCCAAUGCACCUACGCGGGCCAAGUCGUCUGCGCGUCGACGUCGACGUUCGCAAUCUGCGACGCGUCUCUGAUGGGCGUUAUCCAGCCCCUGGCCGUGGGGGAUACGCGGUGCGGUGACUUUGGAGGCGGAAGCGCAGCAGCAACAACACCUGCAGCUGGCCCUCCUCCCGCGUCCUCUACGCGAACCACCCCAGCAAACUCGCAAGAAGGAACCCUGGGUUUCAUGCAGACAAUAGAAUCAAUGAUUGCCACAGCCACAACACCUCCUGCGUCGUCCUCGACGCCGAAGAAGCCUGGGAACCAAACCACCUCCACGGCCGUCCAGCCAGUCACCACUCCCGCCCCACAUUUUGCAUCAGGGACGGGCCUCGAGGUCAUCCCUGUCACACCGCUUCCCACGGCGGUUGCCACGGCCGCAGCGCCGCCUCGGGAGGGCUGUAAUCCCGGCAAAAGCACUUGCUCGGGCGAUUAA